CUUGCGCCCGUCAUGCUAUACGACUUCACAGCCACGCCCGACUCUCAACACAACAUGCUUGCGCCUUGAUCUACAUGUGGUUAACAAUGACUGCUCUCAACUACUGACACGCCUUGUAUCUUCUCAUCUUGCGCACUUUUUACGCUGUCGUGAACAUCUUCGUCUACAACUCCAUAGUUGCGCAUUCAUAUCUGCACAAAUCAUCACAGCCAUGACUGAUCCAUACAAAACAACAAAUUCCGAGCCUUCUGCUUGGAUGAAAAAGUCCACGACUUCUCUUGUAAACGUGGAUAGUGUGUCCACUACCACAACAUCGUCAACGACCCUCAAGCCUCCAUCCCCUUUACCAGAACGUCCGUCCUCUGCAACAUCCUGGCGAUCAAAACUCCAUAUUCAUGGCUCUUCCUCGCACUCCAGUUCACGGCGAUCGAAAUCCGCAGAACCGGGCAAAGAGAGAUGGCGUGAUGCAAAUCUUAGUGAGAAGGAGCGCUGGAAAGAUUGGCAAAAAGCAAAGGAUAAGGAGCAGAUGAGAGGUUCGACGGUCGGUGCUUUCACGCAAUUCUACAAGGGGACUGGGGGUGUGGCGUACUGGAUAGCGUUGUGAUUAUGGUAGUGUGCAUAGUGUGACAGACGUUACGAAGAGAUGUAUAUGAUUGGUACUACAUAGUAACCUUUCCAUGCUGCGCUUUGCAGAGUCCCGAGUGUAUACGGGAUGGCAAGAAUGUUUUUAUCAGCGGAGCCCGCCGUUCCUGAGUUCGAGAGUCUGCAUCGUAAG